AUGCUUUGUAAAAAAUUGUCGCCCUAUCUACCUUGUCCAGAGGUAUUUGUGACACCACCUUUGACAAUUUCACACCAAGUCGCGCUAUGCUUGUAUAAAAUCGCUUCAUGUGCAGAGUACCGUGUUGUUGGGGAUGUGUUUGGGGUGCAUAAAAGUACGGUACACAAGUACUUUCACCUCGUAAUUAACGCAAUACUGCAGCUUCGAGCGGAGUACUUAUAUUUUCCAAAGCUAGAGGAGGCCAAAACAAUCGCUAUUGCCUUUCAAAAAAUAACCAAUAUACCUAAUAUCAUUGGUGCAAUUGAUGGAACACACAUCCCGAUUUUGCCCCCCAGCGAUGGCUAUCAAGACUAUGUAAAUAGAAAAGGAUGGCCAUCGAUAGUGAUGCAAGCAGUAGUUGAUAAUAAUUACAUAUUCCGUGAUGUGAGUAUAAAAUUUCCAGGAAGCACCCAUGACGCUACUGUCUUUAGGGAGUCUGGACUUUACAAGUACUCAUCGCAAAUGAUACCAAAUUACUACACUGACGUCAAUGGAAUGCAAACGCCCAUGAUGCUGAUUGGUGAUCCUGCCUACCCAUUGCUUCCAUGGCUUAUGAAGCCUUACACUGGCCAUCUGGAGCCCGAAGAAGAAUCAUUUAACUGCUAUCUUAGUUCUGGGCGAAUAGUUGUGGAAAACGCAUUCGAUUCAUCUUUGGUCUUUGAAGAUCCUUUAGGCAAUGGUACACAAAUAACACUGGAUGAUGGAGACUCCCUAUAG